GGCUAGGCUAUGGCCUCGCAGCCUGACACCUUUAACAAAAAUGGGAAGUGGAACGGCUGGAGGGCAUUCAGAGGCAUGUGACAAGGCAAAUUAGCCGUGCUGUGUCCACAAACUAGAGGAAGUUGUUUUAUUUGUUUCGUUUGAUGUAAUGGGUGGCCAGAACGUAACUGAAAGGAACUCCACUAUGCUAACCAAUCUGCAGUUAGUGGUCAUCUCGGGCCUGUAAUAAAUGCAUGAUUGUGAUAGAAAUAAACUAUUGAAAAGUUGUAAUGCAAGAAACAUUUCAAUGGUAGACAGACAAUCAGAGCAGCCUAAAUUUGGUGCAGCAGAGAGACACAACGGUCAUACUACAACUGACGAUAUUGAAAUGGGGCAGAUUGCAACCACCACCCAGCUAACUGGUUCAUCAAACACGACAAAAAAAAGACCAUUCGAUGCCAAUUCGUAUGCUGGAAAGAAGACAGUAGCACAGGGCUUCAUAGAUGUGGCUCUGCUCACAGCCAAUGGCACUUACUUGGCUAGUAUAUGGCACAAUCACAAUAAGGGAUCAACGCCUGAGUUCUUCGUCAUUAUUAAUAUAGGAUUGGUUAUCUCAAUUAUACUGCAGCUGGUCACCAGCCUUCUUUUGGUGAUUAAGUAUCGCUUAGACAUCAGCAAAGAAGAAGACCAGCCAAAGGCAGAAAAAAUGACUGACGCUGUAUCUGUUUUAGUUAUGUUAAUUUUGUUCGUAAACGUGUUUAUUGGGGCAUUUAGUGUUCAAUAAAUACCAUCCCACGCAGAGUGAUCGCCAUUUGGCCAUUUUUAAAUCCAAAUGACUCGGUGUACGAUUCAAAUGCAAUACAUGUACUUGCGACUUGGUGUUAUCUUAUUUAUGUGACCAUUUACCAAUCGAUUGAUAAUUGAAAUCAGGAAAACAUGACAACUAUAAAACCAGUCAGCUUACACAUUUAUUCUAUGUGUUGUAUAAAUCAGUUUGAUGCAUUUAGUUUGUUAACAUCUGUGUUCGCGGCCCUUUACCGACGUAUCACUUACUGCUUGGAAAAAUGAGCCAUUGCAAUACCGUUAACAUACAGCGCGCUGUAACACGCCACGUUUCUAAGCCCGUUUGGUUCACUUAAAAUUGGAUAUUUCGUGAGUCAGUAUGCUUUGUAGUAUUGUCUUUAAGUCUAAAAAAAAUUGUAAUGUAUUUUAACAUUUCAGUGAUAGAGUCAAAUAUUAUGUCUUUAUAGGUUAUUUUUCAAUUCUCAGGAAUCUUUAUAAUGUUCACAAACACCUUAAAAAGUUAUAUUUUUACUAAUAUCUUAGCACAGUGGACAAAUUGUAAAAGUAAUUUCCCCGAAUGUGUAUACUGUAAAGAAAAUACAGUGGUCUCUAUCUUCAAGAAAUGAGUAUUUAUUAUCUGCAAACUUUAGUCAGCAUGGGACAUCGGGGUUUUUCAAUAUUGUGAUAUAAUUACAAUUGAAAGACGAGCAUAUUUUUAUUCUAGGGUGUAUGUGAUGUACGAAAUUCAUAUUUAAACUGUCUCAUUGUAGGACCAAGAAGUGAUGUCAAAUUCUACCCACAGUUAUAUAUUUAUACAUGUAUAUUUCACCCUUUGUAUUUGUAAUGAUAUACAUUAUAUAUUUCUCAAAGCUAGUUUUUUUACAUUUAGUAUUAUGGUGUUCAAUUCAUAGCUAUGAACAAUUUUUGAAAUAUUUAUUAUUUAUUUAUUAUUCAAAGUGACAGAAUAAACUUUUUACAUAGUCAAUAAUGGAGACUCGGUUAGUAACUAGUAAUUAAAAAAAAUAAGUAAUUAGUAACCAUGGUAACAGUGCCAGAAAGCACUGUUUGCAUAUUCUUCAAUAAAAAUGUAUAUACUCGCAUAAUAUUUUAUUUGAUUGAGAAAAAACCACCAAAACCCAAACAAGAGACUAUAUGCAAGUCUAACUUAAGUUUGGACACUCACUUAAAUUUGAUGCGAGGAUUGCUGUCGAACUUCAAAUGAUUUGAAUCUAACGAAUUUACUCAAUAUUUAUGCGAGGUGUAUAUUAUAUGGAUGUUAACUUUUGAAUGUGCAGAAUUUUUGAAUAUCUUGUUGAAUAUCUACAAGAUUGGUCAGAGAUUGUUGCAAUAAAAGGCUGAACGUAAACAAGACGUC